CCUCACCACAGAGCCUUGUUAACAUCAUCAGACAGAAGAUGGAAUUUUAAUGGAGUUGAAGUAGACAUGAACAGAUACAUGGUCGCUAAUUUGAGUUGUACAUUGGAAACAUGAGUGCUGAGCGUUUUGACUGUCACUAUUGCAAGACCUCUCUACUGGGUAAACAAUAUAUCUUAAGAGAGGAAACCCAGUACUGCACCAAGUGCUAUGAGAACCUGUUUGCCAACUGCUGUGAAGACUGCAGUAAGCCUAUCGGGUGUAACUGCAAGGAUCUGUCAUACAAGGACCGCCACUGGCAUGAACAGUGCUUCAAGUGUGCUCAGUGCAGCAAGGCUUUGGUGGAAAAGCCUUUUGCUGCCAAGGAUGAGCUCCUUCUCUGCACAGAUUGCUAUUCUCAGAAGUACUCCUCCAAAUGCUUUACCUGCAAGAAAACCAUCAUGCCAGGUUCCCGCAAAAUGGAGUACAAGGGAAAUUCCUGGCAUGAAACCUGCUUCUUAUGUCAUCGCUGUCAGCAGCCAAUAGGAACCAAGUCUUUUAUUCCGAAAGAUAAUGGUUACUUUUGUGUGCCAUGUUUUGAGAAGCAGUUUGCUUACCAGUGCAACUCCUGUAAAAAAGCCAUAACAACUGGCGGAGUGACUUACCAUGACAAGCCCUGGCACAGGGAGUGCUUCCUGUGCACUGGGUGUAAGAAGCAGCUGGCAGGGCAGCGCUUCACCUCCAGAGAUGAGUUCUCAUACUGCCUGGACUGCUUCAGCAGCCUCUAUGCAAAGAAGUGUGUGGGCUGCACCAUGCCCAUCACAAGCCUGGCUGGGGUGAAGUACAUCUCGUUUGAAGAGCGGCAGUGGCACACCGAGUGCUUCACCUGUAUGAAGUGCUCCGUGUCUCUGGUUGGACGAGGAUUCCUCACGCACCGGGAUGAUACCCUGUGCACAGAUUGUGGACGAGAGAAAUAGAUGCAGAAGUCUAGAUCUUUUUCGUGAAAGCAUUAAGGGUUUAUUGAGUGAUUUAGCCAUGGCUAUGCAACGUAUGGACUAAACUUUAACUUGUGUGCUAAUUUGUUUGGUUUUAAGUACACUUUCCAAUUAGGACAAUAUCAAAAUGUUGUGUUUUCAAAAUUAUAAUUAAUUGAAAUUAUAAAGAAUGGAUAUGCCAUAUACCAAAAAACAGUGUAUCAUAUUACAGUAAUUGUGUUUGUUUUGCAGCCAGUCUAUACACAUGUACCAAAAUGCAUACUUUAUUUUGCAGCUAUUCAACAACCCCUAGUGAAUGAGCUUCUCCUACAAUAUAUAUGUAGUGUGCUGUGAGUUUUGCUGCAGCUGGUACAGGAUACAGCCUUUUCAUCUGAAAAGGAGCAAGUUCAUAAGUGCAGAAUGAGAUAAAUCUACACCCUACUAAUACAGUAUAUGAAUACUAUUAUACAGACCUUUAAAUCAAUAACAAAAAUGUGAGAAGUGUUUUAUAUAUGCAUUUUUAAAAUGCUUGUGGUUUGUUAUAAUGCUUUGUUACUACAGUAUGUCAUCAUUCAGGAAAUGCUUUCAUUUGUAUCAUUGUAAAUGAAGCUAUACUUAACAAAGCAAAUAAAUAUUAAAAGUACUGUAAUGAUCCUUUUUUCUUAAAACUUUUCUGUUGAAUAUAUGUGUAGAUGUGCCUUGGAUAUAUAUAGAGUAAUGUGGGUUAACUUAAUAGAAGGCUAAUUAAUAGAAGUACCUGACACUGCGACAAGUGAUAACUAUGCUAUAGAAUGUAUAGAACUAGGUUAUGGGUGGUUUAAGCAUUUGUCUGCUUAAAUAAAUGUGCUCCGUGCUUGUACCAGCAAUCCAUGCCCGGACUCUCUGUGCUGCCUUCUGGCCUCGAUUAACAUCAAACCAUCCUGCUCACCCAUUAAUGUGCACUGUAGUGGGUAAAUAAUAAAACAAACACAAAGUAAAUACCAUCCUUCAUGGGAGCUGAGUGUUUUCCUCAAGUGACCGCUGCUCAGAAGAGCCAGGCUCCCAAUACCUGGUACAUUACAAAAAUAUAUAGUAAUGUUUUAACCAUGUAAGUACAAACAAUGGUUACGAUAGAGGCCUGCACUUCAACUCACUUACAAACUACUUAAAAAAAUAUAUAUAAUAAUAAUACAACGCUGUUGAUAAAUAUGUGAAAAGUGUAAAUAUAUAUAUAUAUAUAUUGUAAGGCAGCGGGUUGAGUGAGACAGCAGGGAGGGGGUUAAAACCUCCCUGAAGAGUAAAAUGGAGAAAAUGCACCUUUUUGGUUUGUUUGAUUGUAUUGUUUUAUUAUUAAUUAUCCCCUGCACCUGGUAGCUAUUGUUAAAUUGGGACCAGGUGCAGGGUAUUUAAGAGGAGCAGUCAGUCUGCUCAAGGCUGCUGAGUAGAAGGAAGCAGAAGAGAGGUGCUCUGCUUCCGAGCAGUCCAGAACAAAAAAAGUGCUGUGUUGGUGUGUGAUGCCAGGUAAACGGCUUAGCCGUCCUACAAGUUAGUCAGGGAAAUUACCUGUACGGUUAGCGCUCCAAAUCGGAGUUAGGUGUUUGUUUGUAUUUUUUUUGUUUAAUUAAAAGUAGCGCAACCGCGCUGUAAAAAUCCAUUUCUGUUGUACUGGGUCAGUUUUUAAAGGGGC